UGGUGGAGUCGCACAUUCAUUUUGCUUUCUUUUGCUCCCUCUAGUGGCAGUAAUUCACACCCUCUCGUUAUUUUAUAACCUUAUCUCAGGGAGAGUGAGCAAAGUAAGGCCCUCCCAUUUAUGACAUCAGUGCUGUAUUGAAGCACAGCUUGGUGCAGCUUCAACUUCAGACUUGUGGUCUAUGUAAGUGAAUGCUCCCCUCUCCCACUCUUUCCUAGUGCUAUUGGAGUGUGCAGACACACAUACACACACACAUUCCUGUUACUACUAGAACUACAGACUACUCUUGUAGCUGGUACUUUGUGCUUUUGGAACUGAAGACUGAGGGCUCUAUUAUUGCUGACUCUUUCUGGAUUUAUUCUCGUGGCUGCAUUGUAAACAGGAUUUUACUUUUUUUUCUUGAUCGUCAGAAGGACCAAGGUUAAAAAGACAGAGAGAGAAAGCUGAUUAUCCCUUCAGUAUGACAACAAGACAAUUGUGAGGUUUGGGGCGUCUGGAUUUUGUUUUUUUAACUCAUGGCUAAGGAGUUAAUUUUGAUGAAGUAUAAAGUAAAUGCUUCCUGAUACAAACACCUUGGAUACUGACUUGGCGUAAAGAAAGGGAAAGGAACAAUUGGGCAACCCCUACAUGUCGCUCUGUACAUGUGGGGUAGAUUUAUUUGGGAACAAUCUACUGUGUGCAAUUUACAGCUGGAUAAUCCAGACCGAAAAAAACAAAAUAAAAAAAGGGUUGCCGCUCUGAAGAGGACAGCACAUCAGUCAAGCCUCAACAAUAUGAAUGGUUUCCCCAAGGUGAAGCUGGACUUGCUUUUCUCACUCACACUGCAGAAAGGAGCUUUUAAGAGUUUCAAAAUGUGUUAUUUGGGUUACGGCCGUUAACCACUACACACACACAAAACAAGAGCCUUGGUGCACUAUUUUUAUUAAUAACUGAAUCGCCUUCUUGCACAAGAGCAAGAAGCUUAAGGUUUGUCUUCAAGCAGAAUUCUUUAUAUGCCAUGGUAAACCCUUUGUUGGAAUGAUCACUAAGAAUUGUGAGACUAGCCAGGAGGUUGACAGUAUAAACAAGGAUCAGUUGUGCAGCCACUGCCAGUGCAGGAAAUAACCAGAGACUGGACCAUAUUGUUGAAAAGCCCAGUCUUACAAGCUGAAAAUUUUCUGCAUUGGAUUUCCGUGAGCACAGGAUUUACCGGCACCUUUAAAUCAGUAAGAAAUAUCCAUCUGACAUACAAUUUCACCAUUAAGAAUGAUCUACAAGUGCAAGAGCUUCCUUCUCUUAUGGAUCCGAAUAGGACUAUGUCUCAGUUUGAUAGGUCACUCCGUCAGCGCUGCUUCCUGCCCCAAGUUGUGUCGCUGUGACGAAACGUUCAUUUAUUGCAAUGACCGAGGUCUGACAUCCAUUCCCAGUGGGAUUCCUGAGGAUGCUACAACCCUCUACCUGCAGAACAACCGGAUAAACAACGCAGGGAUUCUAGCAGGACUGCGGAAUUUGAACAAAGUGGAAAGAAUUUACCUCUACUGCAACAACUUGGAUGAGUUUCCAACUAACCUACCAAAAUAUGUCAAGGAACUUCAUUUGCAGGAGAAUAAUAUUAGAACUAUCACACACAACUCACUAGCUCAAAUUCCUUACAUCGAGGAACUACAUAUGGAUGAUAACUCUGUUUCGGCAGUCAGUAUAGAUGAAGGGGCAUUUCAAGACAGCAACCACCUUCGACUUCUGUUCCUUUCUCGGAAUCACCUUAGCACCAUCCCUGUAGGUCUCCCAACAACCAUUGAAGAGCUAAGAUUUGAUGAUAACCGUAUAUCUUUCAUAACUGAGCAGUCCUUGCAGGAUCUUAUAAACUUGAAACGUCUAGUUUUAGAUGGAAACCUUUUAAACAAUCAUGGAAUAGGAGAGAUGGCGUUUAUCAACCUUGUUAACCUAACUGAGCUGUCUUUGGUUCGCAACUCUCUCACAGCUCCACCAAGGAACCUGCCAGGCACUUCCCUAAAAAAGCUCAAUCUCCAGGAAAACCACAUCAACAGAGUGCCAGCCAAUGCAUUUUCAUAUCUCAGACAAUUAUACCGCCUGGACUUAUCCAGCAACAACUUGAGCAGUUUGCCCCUGGGUGUCUUCGAUGAUCUAGACAACCUAACUCAGCUGUUGUUGCGCAAUAAUCCUUGGUACUGUGACUGCAGAAUGAUAUGGGUGCGGGAUUGGUUGCGUAGCUUGCCAGCUAGGGUUAAUGUACGUGGGUUGAUGUGCCAAGCACCUGAUAAAGUAAAAGGGAUGGCUAUUAAAGACCUCGCUAACACUUUGUUUGACUGCAAAGAGCUAGAAAUACCCCUCACUACUCAAACCACAACUGUGGUUUCAAACACACUGCCAACAUUCAGAGGCCAGUGGCCUGCAUCUGUGACCAAAAGACCAGCAGUCAAAGGACCUGACUUGAAAAAAAUCUACCACUCCACAACAACCCCAGCCAGGAAAAUCAUUACAAUAAGUGUGAAAUCUAUCAGCACUGAAACUAUUCACAUUUCCUGGAAAGUCGCACAGUCUCUGACAGCCUUGCGACUUAGCUGGCUGAAGAUAGGCCACAACCCUGCUUUUGGUUCCAUCACUGAAACUAUUGUUCAAGGAUAUACAACCGAGUAUUUACUCACAGCACUUGAGCCAGAGUCUUCAUACCGGAUAUGCAUGGUUCCUAUGGAAACCAAUAAUUUACAUCUGUCUGAUGAUACGCCUGUCUGUAUACAAACCGAGACUGCAUCUCUAAAAAUGUACAACCCCACAACAACUCUGAACCGGGAGCAAGAGAAGGAACCUUACAAAAACUCUAGCUUGCCUUUGGCAGCUAUUAUAGGAGGAGCUGUGGCACUUUUGGCAAUUAUAAUGCUAGCAUUGGUUUGCUGGUAUGUUCACAGAAAUGGCUCUCUGUUUUCAAGGAACUGUGCAUACAACAAAGGCCGUAGAAGAAAGGACGACUAUGCCGAGGCUGGAACCAAGAAGGACAACUCUAUCUUAGAAAUUAGAGAAACUUCUUUUCAAAUGAUACCAAUAAACAAUGAGCCAGUGACAGUGUCAAAGGAGGAUUUUGUAAUACAUACCAUAUUCCCACCUAAUGGCUUGAGCAUAUAUAAGAACAAUCACAGUGAAGGUAGCAGUAGCAACAGAAGCUACAGAGACAGUGGCAUUCCAGAUUCAGAUCAUUCUCAUUCAUGAUAAUGAACAACAUAUUUUAAGACUUUAAUUAAAAAUAUGGGACUUAAACUGGUCACUCUUCAAUUGCAAAACACUGGAUUUUAAAAGACUGAAGAAGCAAUGUUCUGUACAUUUGCCAUAUAAUUUAUAUUUAAGAACUUUUAUUAAAAGAUUUGAAUUACAGGUUAUCACUGGACUGUGAGGGGACACCUGGUCACUAACUGUAAUUCUAUAUUUUAGAAAUUUGUAGUUAUUUGUACUGUAUUAUCUUUGCUUAAGGUUUCAGACCAAUUAAAUUGUGUGUUCUGAAAUAUGGCGACUUGUCAACUGUGAAAGUGGAUUUUUUUUUUUUUUUUUUUUUUUUACUGUGUUGAACAAUCAGACUUUUUAAAAAUUACAUUUCAGAACCUUGUAAUAUAAGCACAGGUCAUUUUUAACUUGGUUGGUAUUGUAACUAUCGAUAAAACACAACAGUAAACUGCAGUUAAAAUGGUCCAUUGCAGGGGGAACCACAGAAAAAGAACGACAGGUCUGUGAACCACAUUUAAGAUGAAGUCUUUUCCAAAUAGGUAGUGAUGGGCAACACAAUGAUUUGAAAAGGUAUUUUUCAUAAGAAUAUAUGUUGCAGUAUCAAUAAAUGUCAGGCAGUUUCUGCUUUGGAGUGGCAGUGCAAAGAUUAUGCUCCAUACCUACCACUGCCUUAGGUUACUUGCCGUACAAAAUAAACUAAGCACAGGCUAACACAACCGAAAACCUACCACAAACUGGAAAAUAACAAGCAGAGACAGUGGUCGUUAAAACAAAGCCUAACAACUCAAAAAGGUGAUAUUGCAAUGCAACAUUUGUCAACUUUGUGCACAAUAUGUGAUAGCUUGGAAAAACAGGCAUUUAAAAAGCAAAAUAUUGCAUCUGGCUUUUUUUUUUAUUUUUUAUUAAAUAAAUAAAGAAAGAAAGAAAGAAAACGUUUUUUUUUUUUUUUAAACCACAAUUUAAAUGUUCUUUACAACUGAAAACCAAAGUGCAUUGUACGCCCUUUGGACAGUAUUGUAUGUGCCUUGAUCCAAUGCUUAUUGUAUUUAGCUUUUUAAAAAUCAGUGACUUAACUUUUUUCAUACAUAAUUGAAUAUGAGAAAAUUUUGGUCAUAUUGCUGAAUAAAAGUGAAUAAAAACAAACUGUGUUGUGCUGAAUUUACUGUUGCAAUGUUACAUUUCUAGGCAUCCUGGAUGCUGGUUCUGAAUACCAAAAUAUCUCGAAUAACAAAAAAAUAUUUAAGAAAUUACUACUCAGUCUGCUGUCCUCAGUUGGUCUUUUGUCUGCAAAGCCCUGUAAUGCAUCCAAUAUCUGGAUAAAGUGCGAGAUAUUAUUCAAUACCACAGAAACGCUAGAUUAGUAGAAAACACAAAAUGAUACUCAAUUAGAUAUACCCCCCAGGCACAAGAAAAAUGUGUGACUUGAUGUAUGGCUGGCAUUCAAGGUACAGAAUCAUACUGUGCUUGUACCAUAGUGUCACUGAGCUUUAAGUACAUCCAAGACAGUGUUUAAAGUGGUUUGGAAAAGGUGCCAGUAUGCACAAAAAAAUGUUUGUGGAGGGGUUGGAUGAUUUUACCACAUCCAGCCAGAGUUACGGAUUAUGUAUAAUUUUAAAUGCCAUCUACAAUAUGUUAUUAUUAAGCUAUUUUUAAAAGAACCUGUUAGUGUUUUAAUGUUAUACAAUAAAAACAUAACAUUGUUUUACUGUUAAUUGCUUUUAGACUACACAACAUAAAAGGUCUGUAUACAUUAAUUAUUUUUUUUGUUUGUUUUAGUGACUGCUGUUGAAGUUUUGGGGUGCUUCCAAUUGGGAAUAUACUACAUGCUACCCACUGGUCGGCUCAUGUUACACCUUGAAUAGACAAUUAUUUAACUUAUUUGCAUCACGACAGAACCAGAUAUUGUUGUUUACACCAACAAUCAACGAAUGAAUCCUUGCGGGGGAGUUUCUUUGCUCUUGUCUGAUGUGAAGAUGAGAAGUUUGCUAAUUUAAUUCAGGCUUAGUGCCGGCUUCUUUUUAGUUCUGAUGUUGUUGUCCAAACUGUCGGAAUCGUCACUCGGUGAUUACUCAGUCAGAGUGCUUUGGCUGGCUUAAAUUGCUCUUUUCAUUUAACCUCCUAAAACUAUUACACAAAAAUAAGAACAGUUGAAAUUCAACACGAAACGUAUCAGUAAGAUUUGACUGGUAUGAUUUCCAACACAUAAGUAAUGCAUAAAAUUUGUGGGUACAGUGACCUGCCGGAGAAGUGCUCCCGGAGAAUAAGGGCAUGACCUCCCAGGUGAAACACACUCACACUGUGUAGAGUCACUGAAGUCAAGAACGUUUUUUUAGUUUGUAACCAAAGAGGCCCAGACAGGGUGUUUUGCAGGAGUAAAAGAUUUAUAUAAAUCGCCUCCCCACCGCCCCCUAAAUUUUUCUUCAUUUGCUGGUAUGCCAUACCUUCAGUUUUUUUUCUUACCACUAUGCAUACCAGCGUACACCACCCCAUUUUAACCACUGGUCCAAGAGUAAUUAGCAAACAUAUUUUAUACCUGAUGAGAAAAAUCAAAAGACUAAAUGCUGACAAAUGAAG